GCCAACUUUGGUGUUGAUUCGACGACAGCUGUGGUAAGACUGACGACUUAGAAGGAGGACAACACGUGGAGCUGUAUCGGACCGUCGAACUCGCAGCACGACAGGGCGAUACGGCACGUAGGUUUGUGAACCAUGGUCGUGACACAAGGCUCGGAGUUCGCGUUCAUGGAUAAUAUAUUGCAUAGGGAACUGGGGGGCAGGCGUUAACUGGCCGCUUGUUUCUUUUUCAGUCCGUGAACCCAUGCUUUGGACCAGUCCUGCAGAUUGACCGGUUGCUCCUGUCGCUCACCGGCGUUUGAAUAUCAGGAUGAAAUGGUCCGGAGUACUGGGUACUAACCAUGGCGUGUUUCUGAGCCGCUCGGUCUGCAGGCGAAAGGGAUGAAUGGUACUGUUAAUAUAACUUGAGUAUGGUAUUGGGAGAGAGCGAGAGAGUUGCUUUUCACAACAGAGAAAUUGCUUUGUGGCGUGGCCCAUAUACCAGACUUGUCGAAGCUGUGGCGAGACUGGAACGCAUCAUCCUCGGCUUGUUCAUUCCUUGCACUGGCAACCAUAUAUAUGUGGGCAUCCUUGAGCAGCUCCUCGGUGCUCCCACAACACACACAAGGAGAACUUCUCCCGCAGCAGUGAACCUCGCUGGCCUCCCAAAACUUUUAAACCAACAACCGACAACAGGACCGACAACAUAAUGGCGAUCGAUCUUCAGCCAUGGCUGGAUGGCAUUGAUGCCAGCAUGGUAUUCCACCCAGCUAACGCCUUUGUGAUCUCGUGCGGCACCGUGACGCUUGACCUCGGCCGUGGAAAGGUGCUGUUGAUUUGGAACCGGAACCUUUCGAUCUUUCAGCUGCCCAAGGGUCGAAGGAACAUUGACGAGCCCAUGCUCAACGCGGCUCUGCGCGAGACAUACGAAGAGACCGGAGUGCGGGCGACGCCGCUGGAGCUCAACAUUGCUACGAGAGCAACACUGCCUACCGUCGACGAAGAGGCUGAUGGGCCACCACAAAAGAGCCCACAGAUCACCGAAGGGCACCUGAGCACCGAGUUUGUCGGUACCUGCCUCUAUCCAGACCCGCAGUCGGACACCAAAGCGCUCAAGGCCGUCUUCUUCUUCGUGGCAACGGCUGACUCGGCGGCCACACGAGACAAUGGGACGCAGGAGACAUAUGAAAAGCUCGAGGCUUCAUGGGUUCUCAUCUCGGAGGUGGACCAGAAACUUCGAUUUGCGAGCGAAGUUGCUGUUGUGAAGAAGGCGGUAGCGGAUGUUAGGAAAUCGGGAUAUACCAUCAACAAUGCCUAGUUGAGGUCUGUUGACGGGGUGGAUGUGGGAGAGAGAUUGCACGAGACUGGGAGAAAUGUCGAAGGAAGGCGAAGGAAGGCCAUCCUCCCUUUGUGAGCGAAGGGCCUUCGAGACAUUCAGGUUAUGGAAUACAUGCGGGGGGGAAACUGCGUGAUCUCCCAGAAAGACACAUGGAAAUUGUGACGGUGAUGUUUUAGGGUGUGAAGGCAAAAGAGACUGUCAAAAGAACGGAAAAAGGCCGGUGGGAUUCGAGUAUGUGUUAUUUUAGAACGCGCUGUCUUUAGCAAUCAAGAAUGUAAUUUGACAUUGCAGACAUGGAGAUCUUCAUCGCAAGGUACUGGAUUUCCACUCGCAGUCGAUCUUGUCUGGUCAGAUCGAGACGCAGAUGAAGCCUGUCAUGUGUCACGGAUGUUCAAUCUCUUCGCGGGAAAACACGAGACCGUAGACAAUUCCAGAUUCGGAAAAGCGACCGGUCUGCAUGAAGACGGAGCGAGUGGUGAGGCGGCCGUCUGGCUGAUUGUUGAGGGUUAGACGGACUGAUGUUAAUCGU